CAGCUGGUGGCCGGAGCCAUGGCAGGGGCAGUGUCCCGGACAGGAACUGCUCCUCUGGAUCGCCUCAAAGUCUUCCUGCAGGUACAUGGCUCUACGUCUCGAGGGAUUAAUCUGUGGUCUGGACUGAGGGGAAUGGUCAAAGAGGGAGGCGUCGUGUCACUCUGGAGGGGAAAUGGUAUCAAUGUCCUCAAGAUUGCCCCUGAAUCUGCCAUUAAGUUUAUGGCCUAUGAGCAGGUCAGCACAUUCAUAUCAUCAUUAAAAGAGGGGGGCAGUUUGAGGGUACAGGAGAGGUUCAUUGCUGGGUCUCUGGCAGGAGCUACUGCCCAGACAAUCAUCUACCCAUUGGAGGUGCUGAAGACUCGUCUUACAUUAAGGAAGACGGGACAAUACUCAGGUUUGGCUGAUUGUGCCCGACAGAUCCUUAAGAAAGAGGGGGUCCGAGCUUUCUACAGGGGCUACCUGCCAAACACUCUGGGCAUCAUCCCCUAUGCUGGCAUUGACUUGGCUGUAUAUGAGGUAUGUGUCUGUACCUGUAAUGUGUGUGUAAGGGAACAGGCAGAUCCAGGAGUUUUGGUCCUGCUGGGCUGUGGCACCACCUCCAGCACUUGUGGUCAGCUGGCAUCCUAUCCUCUCGCUCUCAUCCGCACACGCAUGCAGGCGCAAGCCACUGCUGAGGGUAAACCCAAGCUGACGAUGGCGGGCCAGUUCAAGUACAUCAUAUCUCAUGAAGGUGUACAGGGCCUGUAUCGCGGCAUCACCCCCAACUUCCUCAAAGUCAUUCCUGCAGUCAGCAUCUCCUACGUUGUGUAUGAGCACAUGAAGAAAGCCCUCGGGGUCGUUAACUAGACUGAGACAAAAAUAAGCGACAAACAAGAAAAAAAGGACAGAAAUGGGAAAGACUCGUUACACAAGUGAGAAGCAGAGCAGAGGUGAUGGUGCAGCUUCUCAGACUGAAGAUGAACUGGAGGAAGUGGCUGGAAGUCUAGGAAUAGGAGAGGAGAAAGGAGGCAUUUUUCAGAUUGGGAUGGUUCUGCCAGAGUUUACACUGCACUUGCUGUUAACCCAUUCAGGGUCCAGCUAGGGUAACUUGCUGGUCAUCUGCCUGUAGAUCAAAUUUAUUUGGGAAUAUGACUGAAAUGAAUGUUUGUCCUCUCUUACACUAUUUUACCACAUGCAUACAUAUAAUGCAUUAACUUCGAGUAUAUUUUAAAUUUCACCCUUGUCCAGUGCACACAGCUUAACAAUAGAGGAAUUUUAACAGACUGCAGUCUAAUAAAACGCUGGAUGUGAGGGUUAUUUGUUAUUUCAGAUUAUUUUUUGCUGCCUCCGUUCAUAUCCAGCUGAGGUUGUUGGGCACAGGGAGAAGAGAUGCCGCUGCCAUGGCAACAACUAGUUGAGCUGAUGAUGGCUGAAGCUUUUUGUUAAAAUAAUUUAAUAAUAUUAACAACUUUAGCACCACAAUGUGGUUCAGUGAACAUUGUUUUUCAUCCAGGUUGGGAUAAUGAAGAAGGCUCCUAUAACCCAAACAUUGAGCAGUGAAUGACUAAGUCUCUUAUUUUCUUAGCCUUACAGUCUUUCUUAGUCUUGCGAAAAAUGCACUGUGGUAAGAUACUACGCUUCCUGAACAAGGCCUUAGGUACUUUGCACAUUACAAUCUCCUGCAUAUCUGAGAUGUUCACUGUAGUU